AUGCCGAGGCACGACGAUGCCGGUCCAGUAGAUCUACCACUCGGUAAAAUCAUUGGAAAACGAUGGAAGAUAGUCGACAAAGUUGGCGAAGGCGGGUAAGACAUUAAAUUUCAUUGUCUUAUGUCAAGUACAAUGCAAUAUUUAAUUUUUUUGAGCUGUGGCGCAGUCUUUCUCGUGGAAGAUUACAAGAAUGGAUCCAAGGCCGCGAUGAAAGCCGAGAGUAAUUAUGUUGCUGGAGGCAGCGUGCUCAAGCUUGAGGUUCAAGUCUUGAAGAGGAUGAGUGGUCGGAAAUACGUCGCGCAACUCAUUGCCGCUGGCAAAAAAGAGAAGUACAGCUACAUGGUAUAAGUGCACUGAUUUGUUUGGUGCAUGUUUUAGGUGAUGACAUUAUUUGGUCCAAGUCUCUCCCGACUGUUCAAACAAUGCAAAAAACAAUUCUCCGUGUCGACGCAGAUUCGGUUGGGUGUUCAGAUCCUCUACGGCCUCAAACAACUCCAUGAGGUAGGGUUACGGUAACGGGGGGAAAUCUUGACCCAUAGGGUCAAGUCUUUCUCUCACUGAAAUUAUUAGGUUGGCUAAAAAGUUCUUGAAAUUUUGUACGAUUUCUUCUUUGUGCCAAAACUUUUUCCCGGUUGACAAACAAUAACUGCUAUAUCCAUGCUUAGUAACUGUCACAUAGUCCCUACAAUACCAAUGCUGAGCGAUGUCUUCAGCAGGCAUAUCAAAGGAGUUAGGCUUAAAAUCUUUUUUUGGAGUCACUUUUUGGAUGUUCAAAUGUAUAAAAGUUUCUGCCCUGAAGACAGUGCGCCAGUUUAUGGAACUGAUGUCUGUUACAGUCGCCGAUGCUCAAGCUGUAAAACCGUCGGGGAAGUGGAUCCCAUUCGAAAUGUUUAGAAACUUUUUACUAACGCCUUUGUGGCGCAUGGCUUUCCGCGUCGUCCCGGUAUCCCAAACGGCGGGUUUCUUUUUGCCCGCUGCCGGCAGCUGGCCAAGGUAGCAUGUAUAAACACCCUUCGUUACUGUGUUACCAUUUGGUAAUAACGGCCAGAGCGUAGGUCUAUGACAAUUCCAAGAGCGAUUAAAAAAUACCCUCCUGGAGAUGGACCGUUGCUUGGAUCUGAACUUCAGAAUCCUGCACGUCAAGUCAUUGGCUCUUGUUUACAUGAUUAUAAUACAGGGCAUACUUCUCAUUAACGAGCACUAGUUGGGCUACUGAGAUAUAUGUUUGGCUAAAAGGCAGCAGUUUUCAGAUGGACUCCCUGUUGAAAACCGGUCAAGCCCUAAUGAUAAAUUUGGUCAUAUCUUCAUAGUGUGUGCAAAAGAUGGAAAUGUUUUUGCGUCAUACGAUACACGUAAAGCUGCUCUGUGUAUUAAUUCACACAAGCUUCAAUAGCAUUCCUUAACUAUCCUCAAAAUGGUCCCGCGGUCUUAUUAUGAACUAAAGUCAUAGCCGCCGUUAGUGAGCCUUUAGGACCAGUACACUACCGUGGCAUUGUUAACGAUGUUCAGGCCUUAUACACUGUUUAGUUUGGCUAUAGAACCGGUGGGUAUCAGACCUCCUUAAGCGCUGUAGAAGAAAUCACCUCAAAAUAUGAUCUUUUUCAACAUGCCAUUAUAAAACCUUGGCAAAGGCUGUGACCUUGUUGCCUCUCUACUUGACAGUACUCAAGCUCUACUACAAGUUAUAUAUUGCUGUCCUUGCUAAACUGUCCCAAAAAGACCGUGGUGAUACAGAGAAAAAAAUUUCAAAAACUUAUUAGCCAACCUAAUACAAUGUUAUUAAGGUCGGUUAUGUCCAUCGUGAUAUAAAACCAGCCAACUUGGCCAUUGGUCGUCGAGGAAAAGAGGCCAGAAUUCUUCAUCUGCUUGACUUUGGACUCUCGAGAGAGUUUGUUCUCAGGACAAAUGGGAAAAUCGAAAUGAGGAGAGCUCGGGAGAACUGCCUGUUCCGGGGUACCACCAAAUAUUGUAGUAUUCGCACUCAUGAACGGGCUGAACAGGGGCGCUCGGAUGAUUUGAUGUGAGUUUGCAUCUUAUUGAUGAUAUUAAAAUAGAUUAUUUACUACAUCAAUUAUACUGCACGUCAAAAGUUUGGAACAGGCCAGAUCUUCUUUGCGGCUUGAGAUGGGAGUUUCAUUUCUUUUUUAUUAGAAGCUCCAUGUAUUAAGAACCUCAAUGAAUACAUAGCCAUGGAAAUCAGAAAGCUCGUUGGAAUUUAAAAAAAAUUUUUUAAAAUAAGUGCGUCAAAAGUUUGGAACAGCUUUUGGAAGGUGAUUAUAAACUUCGGGAUGGAUGCAGGUAUCCUCGCAUUUAGUGUUUCUGGAUGAUGUAUGGAAUCGGCAUGCCAAUGGCAUACUGAUUUUCAUCGAUAAACCCAAAAUGAAAAAAAUGCUUAUUGAGCCAAAAACUACGGUCAAAUUUGCGAAAAAAUGAAUUUUUUGGGUUGGGUUCUCUAUGUUAUCGGUGUGUAAGCGUUCUAAGAUAUUUAAUGUGGUCGCACAAUUGUACAAGGGCACUCAGAUCUUCGCAUAGGAACUAUAUUCGCACAGCAUAAUUUAUGAAAAUUUUGAGUUUUGCUAUAAAUCUUUAUUUAAUGUAUUUUAUACUUUUCAUAGAGCGGCUUGGAGGCUAAUUGGCUUGGACACCGUUAUCGUGGAAUAAAAAGUUGUCUUCAAGAAACAAAAACCCACGCUACUUGCAACAUCUAAGGCCACAUCUUUCAGAUAUUAAAAAAAUUUUUGCCCCCAAAAUCAAUAUUCAUAUCUAACCCGGAUUUGUGGCGGGAUAAUUCGGAGAGUUGGUUUAUAAUACUGUAUCGGUGUGAUAACGAUAAAGCCACUUAGUUUUGAACCAUGCAGCGGCAUCAAAUCCAAGAUAAAAAAUAUGGGAAUAUUAACAUUUCAUAUACCCGCUAUUUUUAAAGAUGUGGCCUUGAUGUUGCAAAUAGUGGCCAGGUUCUGCUUCUUAAAGACACCUUUUGAUUCCACGAUAACGGUGUCCAAGCCAAUUAGCCUCCAAGCCGCUCUAUGAAAAAUAUAAAAUACAUUAAAUAAAGAUUUAUAGCAAAACUCAAAAUUUUCAUAAAUUAUGCUGUGCGGAUAUGGUUCCUAUGCGAAAAUCUGAGUGCUCUUGUACAAUUGUGCGACCACAUUAAAUAUUUUAGAACGCUUACACACCGAUAACAUAGAGAACCCAAACCAAAAAAUUCAUUUUUUCGCAAAUUUGACCGUAGUUUUUGGCUCAAUAAGCAUUUUUUUCAUUUUGGGUUUAUCGAUGAAAAUCAGUAGGCCAUUGGCAUGCCGAUUCCAUACAUCAUCCAGAAACACUAAAUGCGAGGAUACCUGCAUCCAUCCCGAAGUUUAUAAUCACCUUCCAAAAGCUGUUCCAAACUUUUGACGCACUUAUUUUUAAAAUUUUUUUUUUAAAUUCCAACGAGCUUUCUGAUUUCCAUGGCUAUGUAUUCAUUGAGGUUCAUAAUACAUGGAGCUUCUAAUAAAAAAGAAAUGAAACUCCCAUCUCAAGCCGCAAAGAAGAUCUGGCCUGUUCCAAACUUUUGACGUGCAGUAUAAUUUCAGCUCGAUGAUGUAUGUUUUAUGUGAGAUGAGAGCACCCUUGCCAUGGGAUCGACUGAGGUAAGUCUGAUCUAAAAUUUACGUUUCACUUUAGCGUAUUCAUUAUCUUUGAUAUUGCAGAGACAAACAUGAGAUUGGCAGGAUGAAAUCGAGUACAGAUCCCGAGAAGUUAUUGGCUGAUAGUCCUCGAGAAUUCAUCAAGAUCUUUGAGCAUUUGAAUGAGACCAAAUACGACCAACGACCCGAUUAUCUGAUGAUUUACAAGGUGUUCACAUCUCUCCUUCAGAAAAAGGGGAUCAAGUUUGGCGAUCCGUAUGACUGGGAGAAUCUGCCUGGAUAUCAGCAGCCUUCUUCGGUCAUGGAAGACAAGAAGAAGGUUCAAACAAUCAACGAGGAUGUGUCCAUGUGAGCUUAUCCUUCCUUUGGGGGGUUUCUGGACCAAUAUUUAAUUGAUAGACUUGUUUAUAGAGAGAAAACGGUGAGCAAAGAAACAACUCAGAAGACCGAUCGAUCCGAGGAAACCAACGACAAAGACUGGCCCAAUCUAUUUCCGCCCGAAGAAUUUGGCAAAAACGAACUUGGAUUCUAG